AUGGAUGAAGCUAAAGAAGGAGCCCAGGAGGCAAUGGUAAACAAGGCUCUUGUAAAUUUCAAAGCAACCUUGCAAGCAGCUGUAAGUGAGGUACAUGUGGAUGUAAGUGCUUUCAAGCAGCGCAUAGAGAAGAGGAUCGACGAGCUGUGCAUUUCCAACAGACCCCUGUUUGAGGUGGUGACCAGGCUGCAGGAAGAGAACCUGCAGCUCAGGGCAAAGCUUGAGGCCCUCAGUCGUUUGGUAGAGAGUCUGGCUGGAUUGAAUAUUGAAAGGAAUCUUCUGGAAGUUAAGAGGAAUGACAAGGAAGAUAUAGAUAAUGGCUUGAUGUAUACACAAUCCAAGAGCCAGGAAGAACAAAAUGGUAAGGUUAAAUCUACAGCAUCGGAAAACAACCAGACCACAUCUGCAUAUAUAGAACCAUCAGCAUCAAGUGGAGGAUCAAACCUUACUGCUGGCCUCAGAAACAACUCAGCCCAUCCUCCAUGGAGGACAAAAAGGCACAUGGAAAUGAAUGGAACGGAUGUCAAGGAAGAUGUCACUCACGUAGCCACAAUUACACCAGAGAAUCACAAACAUCAAGAAAACAUAUCAGUCAAUUCUGACAGAGCCCAAAUGGCUGAAGCUCUUCUGCAGGCCCACCAACCCUUGAUUGCCAUCACCAAAAAAAGUCAAGAGUCCUCUUCCAUGGAAACCCCCAGCUCUCCUGAUCUCAAAGAAUCUGAUCCUCUGACCAAACCACAUCUUCCCCUAACUGCAAUUACAAGAUCAAACUCAGAAGUGCCAGCAACUGAUCAGUCGUCAUCAUUGGUGGCCAAAGCAGCAAAAGAAUCUCAAUUAAAAGCAACAGAGUCUACAGCAAAGUGUGAUGCUGCUGAAACAAAACGCCAUUAUCCUGUCACUGCCACGACAUCUAAAGUGAGUUCAGAAGGCUCGCUUGCUUCCAAACCAGGACCACCAUUAGCAGCUAAAUCAGCAGACAUCAUUGAACCUAAGUCCAGCAUGCCCUCUUCCCUCAACAAACUGAAUGCAGAAUCUACAUUGCCAACUGCAGCUCAGUCUCUAAGCCACCAAGAAGCAAUAGAGCCAACAUUAAAACCUGGGGAAUAUCCCUUUAAGAGGGCACCAGUUCUCAAAACAGUAAGUCCCAGUUUAAAGAGAAGUGUGAGCUUUCCUCAAUCUGCAGAAAAAUUACUUCCCUCCAAGUCCUUCAUAACAUCUGGAUUCUCACCUAAUUUGGACAAGAAGUUGAACAAGCCAGAUGGGCUUGACUUUAAGCAGAAUUUUAUGAAAUCACAAACUCCGCCACGCUCCAAUGGAGCCCAAGCUAAACGGGCCCUUUUUGAAAGGAUGAACUCAGAGCCCGUGAAGCUUAAGGAUUCCAAACCUAAACUGAAGCGCUCCCAGAGCUUUGGAGUUUCCAGUGCUAGUGGAAUAAAACAGAUUCUUCUGGAGUGGUGUCGCUCAAAAACCAUCGGCUACCAGAACAUUGACAUCCAAAACUUCUCAUCAAGCUGGAGUGAUGGGAUGGCCUUCUGUGCUUUGGUCCACUCUUUCUUCCCUCUUGAGUUUGAUUACAAUACACUGACUCCGGAAAACCGCAAGCAUAACUUAGAACUGGCCUUCACCUCUGCAGAGAAGCAGGCCGAUUGUCUGCGUCUGAUUGAGGUGGAGGAUAUGCUUGACAUGGGGGACAAGCCAGAUCCCAUGUGUGUGUUUACAUAUGUCCAGUCGCUCUACAACCACCUGAAGACAUUUGAAUAACUCUGCAUC